AUGGUGGUGGUGGUGGUGGUGGUGGUGGUGGUGGUGUCUGUGCUCAUUUGCAGUGGAGCUACUGCUGUGGUUCAGGCUGCCCUGUGCAAACCCAGGCAAGAACGGGUAGCGAUAAAGCGGAUCAACUUGGAAAAAUGUCAGACCAGUAUGGAUGAACUAUUAAAAGAAAUUCAAGCCAUGAGUCAGUGCAGCCAUCCAAAUGUCGUGACCUAUUACACCUCUUUUGUGGUCAAAGAUGAACUCUGGCUGGUCAUGAAGUUACUAAGUGGAGGUUCAAUGUUGGAUAUCAUAAAAUACAUCGUCAACCGAGGAGAACACAAGAAUGGAGUUCUGGAAGAGGCAAUAAUAGCAACAAUUCUUAAAGAGGUUUUGGAAGGCCUAGACUAUCUGCACAGAAAUGGUCAGAUUCAUAGGGAUUUGAAAGCUGGUAAUAUUCUUCUGGGUGAGGAUGGUUCGGUACAAAUAGCAGAUUUUGGGGUAAGUGCAUUCUUAGCAACGGGGGGUGAUGUUACCCGAAAUAAAGUGAGAAAAACAUUCGUUGGUACCCCAUGUUGGAUGGCCCCUGAAGUCAUGGAACAGGUGAGAGGCUAUGACUUCAAGGCUGACAUGUGGAGUUUUGGAAUAACUGCCAUUGAAUUAGCAACAGGAGCAGCGCCUUAUCACAAAUAUCCUCCUAUGAAAGUGUUAAUGUUGACUUUGCAAAAUGAUCCACCCACUUUAGAAACUGGAGUAGAGGAUAAAGAAAUGAUGAAAAAGUACGGCAAGUCCUUUAGAAAAUUACUUUCACUGUGUCUUCAGAAAGAUCCCUCCAAAAGGUGA